AUGUUGGGAAAACUUUUUUUGCCAUAUUUGCUCACAGAUUUAUUACUUGCCGCCAUGUACCAAUCAAAAAAUUAUAAUUACUUAACAAACACUUCAUCACACGUUGCUGAUUUGUCAGCAGCAACGGGUCAAACCUGGCAGGGUGUCGAAUCAGAUUGUAAUAAGACAUCAUUGCCAGCAUUUUCGAAAAGAUUUUCAACAACGAAUCGUCUUCAUUCGUAUGCAAUACAUAGAAAUUAUCCGGCAACAAGUUCCGGUUAUUUAACAUGUCCAACGGAAAACUCUUCGUCUUCAUCUUCCUCAUUAUGGUACGAACCCACCACCAAUAAUUUACCACAUUACAGUUUAAUUGGGGAGACUACGGGAGGACCAUCGUCGAGAGCGAGACCUCCAAGUACUUUACCAUCAACAAUAUCAGCUUCCGCUUCUUUGUCGGCCUUCGUCGAUUAUUCAGAGGGAAGGGAAUGUGUUAAUUGUGGAACGGUGUCAACGCCACUUUGGCGGCGAGACGGAACGGGCCACUAUUUAUGCAAUGCAUGCGGGCUGUACCAUAAAAUGAACGGAAUGAAUAGGCCGCUGGUCAAACAACCGAAGCGGCUGACUAAUAAUAAAAGAUUAGGACUCCAAUGUUCGAAUUGUAACACGGCAACAACAUCAUUAUGGAGAAGAAAUUCAUUAGGUGAACCCGUUUGUAAUGCUUGCGGUCUCUAUUAUAAACUUCACGGGGUCAAUAGGCCACUGGCAAUGAAAAAAGACAGCAUACAAACUAGAAAAAGAAAACCAAAAGGUUCAUCGAAAAGUGAAGCAUUAGGAAACGUUGCUAGUCCGGUAUCUCACUCUUCGGGUCUUGGAAUUGGAGGAGGAGGAGGACCAACAGCAAAACGAAUCAAACUCGAACAAAACGAUAAUCGAACCGGUAGUCAUCAUCAUCAUCAUCAUCAACAUGGUAAUUCUCUUGUAUCGAAUCCUCUUGCACCAUACUCAACAUUGUACUCACAAUGCGGUUCUCACGAAGCUCAAUCACGCGUAUUCGUAUCUCCAUAUCACACUCAGAUCUCUCAUUCGGCUUAUUAUGAUUUUCCGCAAGGUUCACCCGUCGAAACGGAAACUUUAACAAGUAAAAUUGAUGAAUCGACCGGAAAUAAUUCUUGUAGUUCGUCUUCCUCUCCUAAAAUGGUAGCCGCACAAGAUCCAUCAUCGUCGCAAGUCGAAAGAACAACAACCACUUAG